AUGUCCGCCGCGACACAAGAUGAAGGCGCUGCAACGCAGGCGAGGGGAAUCUCGCCAUCACCAAGCAGAGACCCGGACGCUGGACUGCGAGCGCUUACGCACUACGAGCGACGACUGCCACGAUGGCGAUAUCGACUGCGCCAAAGGCUGAUCCCCGUUGUGAGGUGGGAGACGCCAUACCUGGCGAAGAUGCAGCAUGUCUGUCGCUCGUCAUUCCUGGACUCCUAUUUCUCGGUGACAGCGAAUCUAGGAACACACACAUUCUUCAUGGCUUUCCUCCCCAUCUGCUUCUGGUGUGGCUACCCUGAUCUUGGACUUGCACUAGUCCACAUGCUGGCUAUGGGUGUCUAUCUUAGCGGUGUCAUGAAGGAUAUGCUGUGCCUACCACGGCCAUUGUCGCCACCUCUACAGCGAAUCACCAUGUCUGGGUCGACGGCGCUGGAAUAUGGCUUUCCGUCCACCCAUACGACGAAUGCGGUGUCGGCAGCGCUUUACUUCGUCUACCAGCUUUAUCUCAAGAAGGAUGAUCUAUCAAGUACGAGUUACACGCUGCUGUCUCUUGGCUGCUACUGCUAUGCGAUCUCCAUCACCCUCGGCAGGAUGUACUGCGGCAUGCACGGCUUCUUCGAUGUAGCGAUCGGCGCUAUACUCGGAGCUUUCAUCACCUGGCUCUGGAUCGCUUUCGGAACAGACUAUGCCACCUGGGUGGUAGCUGACGGCUGGUCCCGUCCGGGCAUUGCGGUUGUGGCUCUGGGCCUUGCUGUCCGUUUUCACCCAGAGCCAGCCGACAAUUGUCCUUGCUUCGACGACAGUGUCUCGUUCAACGGAGUGAUCAUGGGAAUCGCGAUUGGCAUCUGGCAGCGCGUCGCGGCGAGCGGAGCUGUGAAAAGGCCCUUCUCAGCGAAUUACGAGUUCUCCAACCUGGAUCUGCUUAGGUCUGGCUUGCGUCUGCUGGGUGGCAUUGUCGUGAUCUUCCUAUGGCGAGCCGUCGCUAAACCAUCACUACUAAAGACUCUACCCCCAACUUUUCGAUUUGUGGAUGAGUGGGGUCUUAUGAUUCCUCGUCGCUACUUUCUGCAAGCUAGAGACUACAAGCAGGUGCCACAACUGAGGCGAGACGACAACGUCCUACCUGCUGCCGCCGACAUUCCCUCAAUGCUUUCUUCCUUUAAAACAGCGCGCAGACGAAGGAUCUCCGUCGGUCCACAGUCAGAAGCUGAUGCUCGUGAGUAUCUCGCCAACCGGGAACAGAAGCGGAAGGACGACAGAUCCGCAACUCGAGCCAGCCGCUUGUCGACAUCGGCCGAACACCCGCCAUCACCGCUUUCAAGCUAUGGCGGGGGCGGAAGUACGGCAGACCAGAGCCCUCCACCGUCUAUGGAGGUCGAGCAAGCUAGCAAGAGUCUACUUACGCCUCCACGAAGCGACGCUGGCACGCCAAGCGAAGGGAGUAGAGAGGAGGCUAAGAACGAUCGCGAGAUGUUCUCCGCUCUUGAGAAACCGCGAAUACGCUACGAUGCCGAAGUCAUCACCAAGCUCGUUGUAUAUGCAGCAUCUCCUGAACACUUGGAGGGGAAGGAGAACGAUGAAGACACAUCACAAGACUGGAGGACGAUAGACAUCAUGGAGGACCCCUUGGUCCAAGGUGUCAACGGGCUGGCGAACGGGACACCGACGACAUCCUCAUCGCAGCCGACCGUCAAUCCGGACGACAUCAUCAGAUAUCUUGCCAGUGUUCUCGAAGUGACACUUGGUGCGGCAAGAGAAGACUUAGAGCAGCCUGGAAACCUCUUGCAUGAGUCAGUCAUCGACGACACUGUCGCACGAUGCACACGAUUCGCGCUCGAGUCUCAAGUCGCACUCUAUGUGCUGAAGCAGGCCGCGACCCCUCAGCAGAAUGGGCAGGUGAACGGCGAUGGCCCACACGCUGAGGAGGUGUAUACGCUCAGCUCGGAAGUUGCAUACUCUUCACAGACGAUUGGCUGCGUGGCGUUUCUCAAGCGGCCUAUACCACUCUCGCCUGAUGUGCCUAUCAGCCGCCAGGUCUCCGUGGUCAACAUCCCACUCGGCAAUAGCUUGGGUGGCGCAGACUCAGGCUCGGCGGCUUCACCAUACGAGAGCCUUCACUCACUCGUGCGCGGCGCACUCACGCCCCUGUUUGAGGCCGCAGCGAGAGGAUCCGAAUCGGCGACUGAGAGGUUGAGGCAAGAUGGAGAGUCACGGACAGGUGUGUCUGGAGCUCGGAGGAGGUUGGCAGACCUUGAGGUCAGCCUGCAGAACCUUCAGCAGAAUAUCGAGGUGGAGGGACCUCAGCUGCAAGUCCACGACGCAGUCAGGAAACAGCUCGCUGAGAGCAAGGGCAACUGGCAAGAGGCUGCUACACGGAUACCUGAUGAGCUGGUCACCGAUGGGCAAUUCCUCAACCGAUUACAAGGCACGGCGAACGAGUGGAUCAAACAGAUACAGCAUUUCACGAAGACGGCUGAAGACCGGCCUGUGCUCACCACCACGCAGGAGAAGAAUUACUGGCUAGCAAUGGAAAACGCCAUCGACAGUAUCGAAGUGCAGAUGGGCGCUGGUGGUGUUUCUCUGACGAUGGAGAUACUCAAAAAGGCGAAGAGACAUGGUACCACAGCGAGCUUUAGGGAUGACACUGGCUUGAGAGAAACGAAGAACAAGGUACAGCAGUACAACCAACUCUUCAAUGGCUUCCCGAUCGAGGAGAUGCUAUCGGCCACAUCGAUCGAGAAGCUCCGGGACACUCUAGACGAUGUCUUCUCGCACCUGAACAAGAAGCUUCGUGUGUGUACAUACCCGGUCUACAGAGCACUGCCUCUGGUGGAGGCCAUCUCCGCCGAUCUCGACAACCGUCUGCAUGAUCUACUGCACGGCCGAACACUGAUGCACCUUGCGUUUGACGAGUUCCAGCGGACUGUGGCGCAAGUGGGCGAGAUCUGGGCGUUUUGGGACGACGACAUUAAAGAGUUCACCAACGUCGCGCGAGACAUCACUCGAAGGCGAGGCGGCAAGUUCAUUCCCAUCAAGAUCCAGAAGCGGCACAACCUCACAGAGGACCGAUUGAGCUACAUCGAGAACUUCCGCAAGAACCAUGAGCAGCUACAGAGGACAAUCGUCAAUGUUUUGGGUCCUGACGACAGCGAGAUUGACGCAGGCGAAGGCGCGAAUGGUAACGUCGUUGUGGAAGAGAUGGGCGAUGUUGAUGCCAUCGAGGAGAUCUCGCAAGCAUAUCUGGUCGUUAAGGACGUCGAUGUGCUCGACGUCUCAGCUGAAGGAACUCGGCUCUGGACCCAGGCCGAGCAGGCGUACAAUGAGAGGACGUCGCGGGUCGAGAACUCCAUCAUCGCCCGUCUUCGAGACCGCUUGGCUGUUGCGAAGACUGCGAACGAAAUGUUCCGUGUCUUUUCCAAAUUCAACGCACUCUUUGUCCGGCCCAAAAUUCGCGGUGCUAUCGCAGAGUAUCAGGUCCAGCUCAUUAGCAACGUCAGGGAGGACAUCGAAUCGCUGCAGGAGCGCUUCACUCAUCAAUACGGCCAUUCGGAAUCUCACGCCAUGGCACAGCUGCACGAUCUUCCUCCUAUAUCUGGCGCCAUCAUCCGAGCUCGCCAGAUCGAAAGGCAGCUUGACAGCUACAUGGGCAAAGUGGAAGACAUUCUGGGAGCGCAGUGGGCGCAGCACACGGAUGGGCAAAAGCUUUACAAUCUGGGUGAAGGGUUCCGGAAGAAGCUCGACACCAGGCCAGUAUUCGACGACUGGUUGCGUGAUAUCAAUCGGCGGCAUCUCUCCAUCUCUGGACGACUCUUCGCUAUCAGCCAAAACCGUGCGAAGGGCAACCAGCUUGAGAUCUACGUGAACUUUGACUCCCAGGUCAUCACCUUGUUCAAGGAGGUCCGUAAUCUGCUCUGGCUGAACUUCAACGUGCCCCAUGCCAUCAGCAACGUCUCGAAAGAGGCUCGGCGUGUGUAUCCAUUCGCAGUCAGCUUGAUGGAGAGCUUGAACACACUUGGCCAAACGAACCAGACCAUCGCUACCAUGAGCGGCGUCACGAUGCUUCUGAGUGGUUACCGCAAUGAUGUGCAGGCCUUCAUCGCAAAAGGAACGCCUUUACGGUGGGACACUUUCGUGCUGGCAUACGACGUCCACGUCCGACAUCAGGCAGACGAUGUGCUUGGACGAUCUUCAGGCGACGACAAGCUGCAUGUGCAGUUCGUGCGGAAUCUUGGGAGCGCCGUCGCGACUCUUCAAAGCAAAGUCUCGACGCUCUCGACUAUACAGGUCGCGGUGGAUGCUGCGUUGCGAGAGCUGCAGACCUGCCUUUUCACUCACGAUGCUUUCCAGUCUCUUCUUGAGUCGUUGCAACGAUCGAUCGACCAGCUGAACCUCGAAGGCUACGCCAACAUCGGCUACUGGGUGACGAAGACCAAUGAGAAGGUCGUCGACGCGCUACUAGCGAGGCUGCAACGAGCCUUGAAGGACUGGAAUGCCGACUUCGAUCUUGGUGUGCCGGACGAGCAACAGAACAAGGAGCCGGGCACGCCCAACGUCGAAACCUCUGCUCAUGACAUCGUCAUGCAGAAUCAGCUGAUCCAGCUAGAGCCUCCGCUGGAAGAUGCGAAAGCUGGCUGGCUGGCCAAUCUGCACGACUGGCUCGGCAUAGUAUGCAAUUUGCCCAAACUGCAGGCCUCACGAUUCGAAAGUGCUUUGACCGUGGGGACUGCGAGGGAAGCGACAGCUUACACCGAGCUUGCUCAGAUGUGCAUUCAGACUCUUGGUGAUUUGUACGAGCAGAUUGACCUCAAGCUCUCCGUUGCUCAGAAGUACGUGGAUGAAUGGCUGCAGUUUCAGAGUCUCUGGGAUCUACAGCUCGAUCAGAUCCAGGAUGACUUGGGCGAAGAGCUCGAUCUAUGGCUGCAACUCAUUCUGGAGAUCCGGCAGAAGCGAGACACGUUCGACACGUCGGGGAUGCGGCGCUCAUUCGGCCAUCUGGUCAUCAACUACGAGCAAGUGCAAGCGAAGGUCAAUGCCAAGUACGAUCAAUGGCAGCAUGAUCUUCUUGCCCACUUCUCCGGCCUCUAUGCUACACGCUUGGUGGACGUUUAUGCCGAGCUGCAGCGGGCAAGGAAGGAUCUUGAGGGACAGUCAAUGCAAGCUUCGUCAACAUCGCAAGCAGUGUCCUUCAUCACCGUUGUCCAGAACUGCAAACGGCAGACCAAGGUGUGGGAACCGGAGAUGGAGACGUUCCGACAGGGACAGCAGACGUUGUCAAGGCUGAGGUUUCAGUACCCCAAGGACUGGCUUUACGUAGAGCAAGUCGACCACGAAUGGACGGCGCUUGUGGAGGUGCUCGAGAGGAAGAGCAAGCUCAUUGCCGACCAGACCGACGCACUGAAAGCCAAGAUCAUCGCGGAAGAUGGUGUGGUCUCAAGGAAGGUCGCCGAAGUCACCGAGCGAUGGAACGAGGAGCGACCUGUGUCUGGUUCGAUACCACCGGCUGAAGCUGUCUCAACGCUGGAUACCUUCGACAAGGAGCUCAGCCACUUUCGUGAGCAGUCUGAGAUGGUGUCGAGAGCCAAAGAGGCCUUGGAGCUCCCUGCAGGUCCUGACAACAUGCUGGUGACGCUACUGGAGGAAGUUCAAGACUUCAAGUCAGUAUGGGCCAACCUCACCAUUGUUUGGGAUCAGCUCAACGACCUUCGUGACCAGCCUUGGAACAGCAUCCAGCCGCGCAAGCUUCGCCAGGCCCUCGACAACCUCAUUAAGACUACGAAAGAGAUGCCGAGCCGUAUGAGACAGUAUGCUGCGUUCGAGCAUGUCCAGUCGGUGUUGCGCCAGCUGCUCAAGAUCAACCCGUUGCUGACAGAGCUGCGGUCAGAUGCUGUGCGUGAGCGGCAUUGGGUCAAGAUCUUCAAGACACUGCAGCCAUCGAAGCGGUACUCUGCCAUAUCCAUGACACUUGGCGACGUCUGGGAUCUUCAGCUGGGUGUUAACGAGUCAGCCAUCCGAGAUGUCAUCACGCAAGCGCAAGGCGAGAUGGCUCUUGAGGAGUUCGUGCGAUCUGUGCGCGAGCACUGGCAGAACUACACGCUCGAUCUGGUCAACUACCAGAACAAAUGCCGGUUGAUUCGCGGCUGGGACGAGCUGUUCACCAAGUGCAGUGAUCACCUCAAUUCUUUGCAGGCUAUGAGACACUCACCAUACUACAAGGAGUUUGAGGAAGAGGCAUCGUCCUGGGAAGACAAGCUCAACCGCAUCCACGUGCUGUUCGACGUCUGGAUCGACGUCCAACGGCAGUGGGUCUACCUCGAGGGUGUCUUCACUGGAAAUGCCGACAUCAAGCACCUGCUACCAAUCGAGUCGGCGCGCUUUGCCAACAUCAACAGCGAGUUCACCAAUGUGCUCAAGAAGGUCUACCGCUCCCCGCAGGUCCUCGAGGUCUUGAAUAUCCCGGAUGUGCAGAAGUCACUGGAGCGUCUGGCGGAUCUGUUGAACAAAAUCCAGAAAGCACUCGGUGAGUACCUCGAGAAGGAGAGAGUAUCGUUCCCACGCUUCUACUUCGUUGGUGAUGAGGAUUUGCUCGAGAUCAUCGGCAACAGCAACGACACCCUCCGCAUCGCGAAGCACCUGCGCAAGAUGUUCGCUGGUAUAUCCGGCCUUGUCAUGGACGAGGAAACGGAAACGAACAUCCUGGGAUUGACGUCGAAGGAAGGAGAGCAGAUCAUGCUGCGAAAGCCCAUUUCGCUUACAGCUACUCCGAAGAUCAACGACUGGCUGAAGGCAUUGGAGACUGGCAUGCGGGAGACGCUUUCAGACUCGCUGGUCGAUGCAGUCAAGGAGUUUGCCGACAUCACUGAAGACAACACAUCUGUUUUCGAGGACUACAUCACCAACUACCCGGCUCAGAUAGUCGUCCUCGCAUCUCAAGCUUGCUGGACCGACCAGGUCAACGCUGCACUCCAGAAAGGUGGCCCAGCACUGCAAGAGCUGUUCGACACCCUAGUGGUGCGUCUCAAAUUCCUGGCCGCGACGGUGCUAGGAGACCUUGAGCCGAUCUACAGAAAGAAGUGCGAGCACCUGAUCACUGAGUUUGUGCACCAGCGCGAUGUGGUGGCGAAGCUCAUGGAGAGCAGUGCAGAUUCACUCGGUCACUACAUGUGGCUGCUGCAGAUGCGAUACGACUUCGAUCCUAGUGUGGCGCCGCUGGAGCGUAUGCAAAUCAAGGUCGCCAAUGCCACGCUCGCCUACGGGUUCGAAUACUUGGGUGUACCUGAGAGACUCGUAAGGACUCCUUUGACAGACCGCUGCUUCCUCACUUUGAGCCAGGCAUUGAGUCAACGCCUGGGUGGCUCGCCUUACGGACCAGCUGGUACUGGCAAGACUGAGUCAGUCAAGGCGCUCGGUGUACAGCUGGGACGAUUCACUCUGGUCUUCAACUGUGACGACACCUUCGACUUCCAGGCUAUGGGCCGUAUCUUCCUCGGGCUGUCGCAGGUCGGUGCUUGGGGGUGCUUCGAUGAGUUCAACAGAUUGGAGGAGCGCAUCUUGUCCGCUGUGUCGCAGCAGAUUCAGAACAUCCAAGUCGGCCUGCGGAAGCGUGUCCAGGAUGUGAAUGCACAAAUCGAGCUCAUCGGCCGCCAGCUCAAAGUCCACCCGCUCACCGGCAUGUUCAUCACUAUGAACCCGGGCUACGCUGGUCGUUCGAAUCUGCCAGACAAUUUGAAGAAGCUGUUCCGCAGUGUCGCCAUGUCCAAGCCGGACAAGGAAGUCAUUGCAGAAGUUAUGCUGUUCUCCCAGGGCUUUGCAGAGGCGAAGGCGCUGUCACGACAAACAGUGCCGUUCUUUGAUACUUGCAAAGCUACUCUCUCCGAUCAGCCACAUUACGAUUUCGGUCUGCGUGCAUUGAAGAGCGUGCUCGUCAGCUCUGGUGGGCUUAAGAGGCUCCGACUGGCUGCUGGCAGCGAGCAAGCAUCAGACGCCGUUGUCGAGCCGCAGAUCAUUGUGCAGAGUAUUCGAGAGACCAUCGCACCCAAGCUGGUUCGACAUGACGCAUUGAGGAUGCAGGAAAUCGAAGCUGAAGCAUUUCCUGGAGUGCAGUACAUGCCCGCAGCCUUGGAUGACCUUCGCAAGGCUCUUCAAGAAGUUGUAGAAGAGCGCAAGCUUGUCGCUACCGAUGCAUGGAUCACGAAGGUUAUCCAGCUUUACCAGAUCCAAAGCCUGCAUCAUGGUGUGAUGAUGGUUGGAAGCUCUGGCACUGGCAAGUCAACAGCUUGGCAGGCUCUUCUGGCAGCCUUGCAAAAGGUGAAUGGUGUAGAAGGGGUCUGCCAUGUCAUCGACCCUAAGGUCAUGUCGAAGGAGAGCUUGUACGGCAGCUUGGACAGCACGACAAGGGAAUGGACCGAUGGCCUCUUCACCAGCAUUCUCAGGAAGGUCGUUGACAAUCUCCGUGGCGAGGACAGCAAGCGGCAUUGGAUCGUGUUUGACGGAGACGUCGAUCCGGAGUGGGUGGAGAACCUCAACAGUGUGCUCGACGACAACAAGCUCUUGACGCUGCCAAACGGUGAGCGCCUUGGCCUACCUCCCAACGUCCGCAUCAUGUUUGAGGUCGAGACACUCAAGUACGCUACUCUUGCGACUGUGAGUCGAUGUGGUAUGGUCUGGUUCAGCGACGAUACUGUCGAACUGGACGUAAUGCUGUCAAGAAACCUGGCUCAGCUAGCCACCGCCGCGUUCGAGGACCUCGAAGACGACACUGCAGCAUCCGCACCCGUCGAGACAAGGCUGGCAUUGCAGUCGCUCAUGGCGGAUAUACUCAGGCAGAGACUCACAGCGGACGACUUCACCAAGAAAGCGCUGGAGCAAUGCCAGCCGCUCAAGCACAUCAUGGAGUUCACUUCCAUCCGGGCUCUGGGUACGCUGUUCUCGCUCUUACGCAAGGCGUGCAGAUCUGUCCUUGAGUACAACAUCCAGCAUUCGGACUUCCCAUUGAGCGACGAGCAGAUCGACACGUACCUCUCCAAGAAGGUAUUGGUCGCCGCAGUCUGGUCCUUCACUGGCGACUGUCCACUGCUCGACCGCAAAUCAUUCGGCGACUUCUUAGCAGGCCUAGCUGCCGUGGAGAUGCCUGUCUUGACCGAGCAGUCGUCUUUGAUCGACUACGAUGUGUCGCUUCCCGAUGGCGCCUGGACGCCGUGGCAAAACCAAGUGCCUUCGAUCGAGGUGAACACGCACUCUGUUACUCAGACAGAUCUGGUCAUACCGACCCUGGACACCGUCCGACACGAAGAUGUGCUCUACUCUUUCUUGGCUGAACAUAAGCCACUGCUGCUGUGCGGACCUCCUGGGUCAGGCAAGACGAUGACGCUUUUCAGUGCUCUGAGGAAGCUGCCAAACAUGGAGACUGUCGGACUCAACUUCUCCAGCGCCACAACCCCCGACCUGCUCGUUAAGACGCUGGAGCAAUACUGCGACUACAAGAAGUCUCUUAGCGGUGUGACGAUGGCACCAAGGCAGAUCGGCCGGUGGCUUGUUGUCUUCUGCGAUGAGAUCAAUUUGCCAGCGCCUGAUAAGUAUGGCACACAGCGCGUUAUCUCCUUCCUCCGACAACUGGUGGAGCACGGAGGCUUCUGGCGCACUACAACCAAGACCUGGGUCACGCUGGAGCGCAUUCAGUUCGUUGGUGCUUGCAAUCCGCCUACGGAUGCCGGCCGUACUCCCCUUGGCCUCCGUUUCCUACGGCACGCACCACUGGUCAUGGUUGACUACCCUGGAGAGCUCUCGCUGAACCAGAUCUAUGGAACGUUCAACAAUGCAAUCCUGAAGAUCAUUCCAACGCUGCGCGGGUACGCCGAUGCUUUGACGCAAGCCAUGAUCCACGUGUAUCUUCAAUCGCAACGCCGAUUUACACCAGACAUUCAACCACAUUACGUCUACUCGCCUCGUGAGCUGACGAGGUGGGUGCGUGCAAUCUACGAGGCCAUCCGACCCUUGGAGACGCUGUCACUCGAAGGUCUGGUUCGCAUCUGGGCUCAUGAAGCGCUCAGACUGUUCUCCGACAGACUCAUAGCCGAUGAUGAGCGCCAGUGGACCGAAGACGCCGUCAACAAGGCUGCGUUGGAUUUCUUCCCGAACAUCGACGAGAACGCGGCGCUACAGAGACCGAUCCUCUUCUCCAACUGGCUGUCGAAGAACUACGUGCCAGUCGGCCGCGAUCAGCUGCGGGACUUUGUCAAAGCCAGACUGCGCACAUUCUGUGAAGAGGAAUUGGACGUGCCACUGGUCCUGUUCAACGACGUUCUGGAGCAUGUCCUUCGGAUUGACCGGGUAUUCCGGCAGCCGCAGGGCCAUCUCAUCCUCAUCGGUGUCAGUGGUAGCGGCAAGACGACCCUCUCACGAUUCGUCGCCUGGAUGAACGGCUUGUCAGUGUUCCAGAUCAAGGUCCACGGCAAAUACUCCUCGGAAGACUUCGAUGAAGAUCUUCGCAACGUGCUCAGGAGAUGCGGGUGCAAGGGAGAGAAGAUCUGCUUCAUCAUGGACGAGUCUAACGUGCUCGAUUCUGGCUUCUUGGAGCGGAUGAACACUCUCCUGGCCAACGGCGAAGUGCCUGGCUUGUUCGAAGGCGACGAAUAUGCAACCCUCAUGACAGCUUGCAAAGAAGGCGCUCAGCGACAGGGCCUUCUUCUGGACUCGCAAGAAGAGCUGUACAAGUGGUUCACUCAGCAGAUCGUACGAAAUCUACACGUGGUCUUUACCAUGAACCCGCCAACCGAAGGCUUAUCAUCGAAAGCGGCGACCAGCCCUGCGCUCUUCAAUCGAUGUGUGCUCAACUGGUUCGGUGACUGGUCGGAUCAGGCGCUCUACCAGGUGGCGUAUGAACUCACCCAAGCUGUCGACAUUGACAAAGGCAACUACAACGCACCGGACAGCCUGCCUGUAGAGUUUGAUCAACUCGAGAUGCCGCUCUCGCACCGUGAUGCUGUGGUCAAUGGCAUGGUUCACGUCCAUCAUUCUCUUCGCCACUUCAACCAACGCCUCCAGCGGCAGCAGAACAAGAUGACCUACCUGACGCCCCGACAAUUCUUGGACUUUGUGGCUCAGUUCGUCAAGCUCUUCAACGAGAAGCGUGAUGACCUCGAGGAGCAGCAACGCCAUCUGAACGUUGGAUUGGACAAACUCCGCGAGACAGUUGACAAGGUUUCUGAGCUCAAGAAGAGCCUUGCAGAGAAGAAGUCUGAGCUUGAAAAGAAGGACGCAGAAGCAGGCGAGAAGCUGCAGCGUAUGGUCGCAGACCAGAGGGAGGCCGAGCAGCGCCGUGCUACUUCGCUAGAGGUCCAGGCUGCGCUUGAGAAGCAAGAGAAGGAGGUCGCUUCAAGGCGACAAGUGGUCAUGGAGGACCUUGCCAAAGCGGAGCCUGCUGUCGUCGAAGCACAGAGGAGCGUUCAGAACAUCAAGCGCCAGCAUCUGACAGAGGUCAGGUCUAUGCAGAACCCUCCAGCGGGUGUCAAGCUUGCACUGGAGGCCGUAUGUACCCUGCUUGGGCACAAGAUCGUCGACUGGAAGAGCAUUGGCAGCAUCAUUCGGCGAGACGACUUUAUCGCCAGCAUCGUUGGCUACGACAAUGAGAAGCAGAUGACGCCCCAGCAGAGAGUGCGGAUGCGGAAGGAGUACUUGUCGAACGAUGACUUCACCUUCGAGAAGGUGAACAGAGCCAGUAAGGCCUGCGGGCCUCUUGUCCAAUGGGUCGAGGCGCAGGUGAACUACUCCGAGAUCCUGGACCGCGUUGGUCCUCUUCGAGACGAGGUUGACCAGCUAGAAGAAGCAGCGCUUCAGACCAAGGCCGAAGCGAAAGCAAUCGAGAAUACCUUGACUGAGCUGGAGCAGAGUAUCGCCACGUACAAGUCCGAGUACGCUGCUCUGAUCAGCCAGACUGAGGCCAUCAAAGCCGAGAUGACUCGAGUGCAAUCAAAAGUCGACCGCAGCAUGCGCUUGCUGAACAGCCUCUCGUCCGAGCGCGGCCGUUGGGAAGAGAGCAGCAAGACAUUUGAAGUGCAGAUGGAGACCAUUAUCGGUGAUGUUUUCCUUGCCGCUGCGUUCCUGGCGUAUGCUGGGCUGUAUGACCAACAGUACCGCCGUGCAAUGGUUGAGGACUGGUCGAUUCAUCUUUCUGCUUCCGGCAUUGCGUUCAAGUCGCAGAAUUCGCUCUCUGAGUAUCUGUCAACGGCAGACGAGCGGCAGCAGUGGCACCAGAACGCUCUACCGGUGGAUGAGCUAUGCACUGAGAACGCCAUCAUGCUUAAGCGAUACAACCGGUACCCUCUCAUCAUCGAUCCCUCCGGACGUGUUACCGACUUCUUGCAGAACGAGAGCAAGGAUCGCAAGUUGACGGUGACCAGCUUCCUGGACAGCUCCUUCGUCAAGCAAUUGGAGAGUGCACUACGGUUCGGCAACCCUAUCUUGAUCCAGGACGCAGAGCACAUUGAUCCGAUACUCAACCAUGUGUUGAACAAGGAAUACCAGAGGACUGGAGGUCGUGUCUUGAUUCAACUUGGCCGGCAAGAGAUUGACUUUUCGCCAGCGUUCAAGCUCUACCUCUCAACUAGAGAUCCAUCAGCACGCUUCGCUCCAGACGUCUGCAGUAGGACGACCUUUGUCAACUUCACGGUCACCCAGAGCAGUCUGAAGACUCAGACCUUGAACGACGUCUUGAAGUCGGAGCGGCCAGAUGUGGACGAGCGGAGGUCGAAUCUCGUCAAGCUGCAAGGCGAGUUCACUCAGCGACUGCGCCGCCUCGAGCGUAUGCUGCUUCAGGCCCUCAACGAAUCUCGUGGCAAUAUUCUGGACGAUGAGAACGUCAUCCAAACACUGGAGACGCUCAAGAACGAGGCCGCAGAGAUCACUGCAAAGGCUGCGGAGACCGAAGGUGUCAUGACAGACGUCAACAACAUCAUGACCAGCUACGAAAAGAUCGCUCAAUCAUGUUCGGCCAUUUUCGCUGUUCUGGAACAGCUGUACCACGUCCACCACUUUUACCAGUUCUCGCUGCAGUCCUUUGUCGACAUCUUCGAGUCGGUGCUUGCAACUGCCCGGGCCUCGUCGGAACAAGAUGGCAAGCGUCGGGUAGAUGCUAUCGUUCAGAAUCUCUUCAGCAGAGUUUACCAUGAAACCUCAGCGUCACUUCUACAGCGCGACCGCUUGACGUUUGCAGUGUUGCUUGCACAGGCCGCACCUUACGCCAUGGACAAGAGCCUCGUUGACACUCUAAUCGAUCCAACUCUUCCUGGUAGCGAUACCAUCUCAUCGCCAGAGGUCAGGUCGGAGGCAAUGGCGACUGCGUCACGGAUUGCAGCAGUCAAGGAUCUGGUGGCGAAGAUCUCGGAUGCUGAUUGGGAUGCAUUCCUCGCUGCCGACGAGGCUGAAAAGUCUGUGCCAGGUAUCUCAUCUGUGACUGGUAACGACAACGACAAGGCGCUGAACGAACUUCUGCUGGUUAAGCUAUUCCGAGUUGACCGUCUGGUGCCCGCCACCGAGCGUUUUGUCAACACAGUCUUCGGCAGCUCUUUCUUGGACGUCGCAGAAGAUCUUGACCGCAUCGCCACGAGCGUAGCAGCCAGCUCGCCAAUCGCCUUGUGCUCCAGCCCAGGCUUCGACGCCAGUUACAAGGUCGACCAGCUCGUCGAGCGCAUGCAGGCCAACUGUACUAGCGUGGCGAUGGGAUCAAAUGAGAGCGUCGCCAGCGCCGACGCAGCUCUGGCCAGUGCUGCGGCGAAUGGCUCUUGGGUCCUCAUCAAGAACGUACAUCUGGCCGCGGAUUGGCUCCAAAACCUGGUCAAGCGCAUCGAUUCUCUCAAGCCGAACAAGGACUUCCGCCUAUUCUUGUCGAUGGAGACCAGCCCCAAGAUCUCCUCGAGCUUACUGCGAGCGUCGCGGGUAUUGAUGUACGAACAGCCAGCCGGCAUCCGCGCCAAUAUGCGAGACUCGCUUUCGUCACUACCGGACAAGGCAGUACAGCAGCCAGUCGAGAAAGCGAGAGUACACUUCCUCCUCUCCUACCUGCACGCCGUAGUCCAAGAGCGACUCCGCUACGCACCUCUCCUCGGCUGGAAAGGCCUCUGGGAAUUCAACGAUGCCGACUACGAGUGCUCCGCCUUCAUCAUCCAAUGGUGGACCGACCACGUUGCGCGCGGCCGCUCCAACAUCGCUCCUCGAGCCAUCCCAUGGGAUAUGCUACGUGUGCUGAUCGCAGAGAUGUACGGCGGCAAGGUUGACGACGCCGCUGAUUUUGCGGAGCUCAUUGCACUCGUCAAUAAGACCUUAACGGCUGACGCUUUUGAGGAGGGUUUCAACGUCAUCGGCGAAGUGGCUGGAGAUCAGGACGUCGGGAUGGUACUGCCGAGCGGGACAGCCAAGAAGGAUUUCCUGCAGUGGGUGAAGGCGUUGCCGGAGCGCGAGCCUCCUACGUACCUGGGCCUGCCAGCGAAUGCGGAGAAGUUGCUCCUGGUCGCGCAUGCGGAGGAGAUGCUGAAGAAUUUGAAGACGGUUAUGGGACAGUUGGACGAGGGGGAGAGUGUGAUGGCGGAGGUUGAGGAGGUGUGA